AUGCGACGUUUGUGGCACUGCUCAACCGUGCUACCUGGCCGCUCCUCCCCCCGGCCCUCAUACUUUGUCAGGCCGGGCAGGCGGAAAGAACAAACGGGUACACGCUCGCUGUGGUUCAUCCAGAGUCUCAUCGUGUUCGCUGCGCUCCUCGUCUGCAUGAGCCACAUGGCGGGGGCCGCGGCGGCCCCAUCGGGUUUUUCGCGUGGAGACAGUAUUUACGAUGGUCGAUUGGAAGCAACGCCGUCUCGCGCGCAUCUACUUAUCACCCGUUCAUCGCCAAAGGAGCGGGUUACUGCCGCCAGCGCGACGGCCUGGAUCCCUCCCAUCCAUUCACUCGGACGCAGCGGUGUGAUUGUCGACCUCUGCAUCUGCGUCGCUUCGGUGCUGGGCAGUCUCAGCAUCAUCCUGCCUUACUUUAUUCACAAGCACAAUCGCAAACUGCGGCAUGCUCUCAUCCUUGGGCUCGCCACGAGUGACCUUGUUGCUGCCCUCAUCACAGUCUCCACGACCGCUUUCCUGCUGAACGGCGGCAGUCUAUCAGAUUCAUGGCGCUAUUGCGACUUUUCGGGAUUCGCACUGGCCACUGCCAUCUUCACUCAGCACUUGUGGAAUCUCGCGAUCGGUGUAAUCACCUACAUGAUCCUCACUCAUCCCCUCUCUCGUGCGACGCUUACGGUCGAGCGGUACAUUGUCUGGCUCUGGCCGGCCUUUUGGGCCCUCGGUAUGAUCGUUAAUGCGUUUCCAUGGAUCUUCCUCGGCUGGACCGACAAUGGCGGCUACUGCGGCAUGGUGUCCAAGCCCAGCAGCCUUUUGUCGCCGCUCAUCCAAUUCAUACCGCGCGGAUUCGUUUUCAUCGUCCUUCUCGUGCUAUACACACAUCUUUUCUUCUUCCUCAGGCGCACUUCGUUCUUCAGUAAGGCGUCCUCCCGUUCGGGCGGCUGUGCGCGCCGGAACGAACAGAACGUAAGUUUCUUGCACGGCCGCGCGCCUGCACCUCGCGGUCGCACGCUUGCAUCUCUCUGCGGAGACGCGGAGAGCCGCGCUACGCACGCGGACACAGCUGCCGGCGCGACACACAGCACCGCGACCAACUCCGACCAGACGCAAGUGCCCAGCAACAAUGCUGAUCUCGCGGGCAAGGGCAUCAUCGCUGCUAUCCCCAGCGCCACCGCUGGUGCGGGUGCGCAUGCGGCUCGCGCGACGCUGCCAAAGGCGCCUGGCAGCUUGAAGUCCACACUGAGCUUGAAGGGCACAUCCCUGUCAAACGACAAGAACAGUGACCCAACGCGACUGACCAGCACCCACGGCACGCUCCCGCGCGGACACGCUGCUGGGGAAGGAGGAGGCAAACGAGGAGGGACCCGGCGUUUGGCUGGCCUGUGUCGCUGCUUCGGCCUACAGCCUCUGUCACAGAACAGGGCGCAUGACAUGUGCAGCAGUGGUAGUGCCAGCUGCAAUGGGAGCGGCAGUAAAAGCGGAUCAAUCGUCAACGUCCAGCUGCGGCAGUUGCCCGUGUCAAUUGCGGAUGCGCCUGCAGCAGGUGCAGGUGUAGAAGGUGCGAACGCGUCGGCCAGUGGACAAAUCGCCGCACGAAAGGUGUGCGAGAGCGCAGGUGCACCGUUUCCUUUGCGGCAGCAGGUACCAGCUGGCGAUGCAAGUGGCCGGAACGAUGAUUCGACCGGCAUAUCUUCGACUGCCUGGCCCGCACUCGAGGGCGGGACGAGCCAGCAGGAAACACUGCCGAAUGCCCCGCCAUCACAUCGUUCCAUCUCGCGUUGCACUAAUCCUUCACCGACCAUCCUACCUGUUGUUGCCCUGAACGGUGGCAGCCAUAUGGAUGACUUCACACGUCGGGCAGAUGAGAGCAACGCAAACUUCGGCGACGAUGAGGAAGGCAACAACGACGAUGACGACGAAGGCAUAGCGCCCACGCGGUGGGCCCUUUCACCACGGAAGGAUGCGGUGGACUUUCAGAUGACUUCUCCGCCGCAGGAGCACCUCAACCACUUCAGCAACGUCGAUUUUGCGCCUUUGGACGCGGUCACUAGCAUCGAAGGCGCCCUCACCUCGAGAGUAGCCGGAGCAAUGUCUCUUGGAGCCAACGCGAGUCGACCGAACAGCGCAAAGUCAGACAAUUUUUUCAAGACGCACCCCAGCGCGAGGCCGUGGACGCCGAUGUCGCUGGUUGCACCGACGCUGGUCGGUUCGCCGACAACGCCCUCCGGCGCCGCUGCAGGUCCGCACAAUUUUAAACUGGAGCCAGGCGAAGAGCUUCACUGGGGCCAGAACGUCGGCGGCCCCUCGCGGCGCAACAGCCGCGCUAUCAGCGCCGCUGCACCGGCGCACGCGAGUGUUGGAGGUGAUAGUGGCGCGGAUUGUAGCGGCACGGGCGAGGGCGAGCAUAGCGCGAGCAGCAGCGCCGGCGCCGAGGGCGUUGAGUCGAUCGGCAGCACGCUCAAUCGCCAAGCGAGCGUGCUGAUGCUGCUGUACCCGACUGCAUACUGCAUCCUCUUCUCCGUGUCCAUCAUCCGGCUCAUCAGCGACCUUGCGACAGACAACAAGUUGACGUCGCCCGGCAAGACCACAGCGCUCUACUCAGUCAGCCGCUGGUUCGUGUUUGCGCAGGGCGCGUUUGACGCGGUCAUUUUCCAGAUCGUCGAGAAGCACUUUCGCAAGCGCAUGAAGCGGCGCAGGAAGAGGGCGCUUGGCGAGCAGGUCGACGAAGAGUUCCUGUGCAAGGUCACGAGGAGGGUCGUUGGCGCGUACAGAAGGUUGUUCGGUCGCGGCAUAUCGUCGUGA